GGCUGGCCGCCAUCUUGUUGUUGAUCGGCUCUCAGUGGGCAGCGCCAGGAGCUGGACCGAGCGGCCGGUGAGGGCCGCUGCUGCGGGGCUCAGCCACCUGCGCUGCCGACCAGGGGGCGGGCUGAAACUCGGAGGCCCGGGGGGCCCAGCUCCCAUAGGGAGCUGUGGGCACCCGCUGCCCAGGCGGGGCCGGACAGAAUAAUAAGCUGAACAGAAUCAGACCAUUGGCUUUCAGCUCACGAGGACCUUCUACCUAGUUCUCUUUGUGGCCCAUGUGCUGCAUCCUCUGCCCUCAGUGUGCAACUGGCCCCCAACGCAAUGUGUGUUUGUCAAACCAUGGAAGUGGGGCAGUAUGGCAAGAACGCAAGUCGGGCUGGAGACAGGGGAGUCCUCCUGGAGCCCUUCAUCCACCAAGUGGGCGGACACAGCAGCAUGAUGCGUUAUGAUGACCACACUGUGUGCAAGCCCCUCAUCUCCCGGGAACAGCGCUUCUAUGAGUCCCUUCCUCCUGAAAUGAAGGAGUUCACCCCUGAGUACAAAGGGCAGUCUAGGAGGGAAGAGGGAAGCACUUCUUCGGCCCCAGAGGAGGAUAGAUGCGUGGUAUCUGUCUGUUUUGAGGGAGACAGUGAUGGUUACAUCAACUUGGUGGCUUACCCUUAUGUGGAAAGUGAGACUGUGGAACAGGAUGACACACCAGAACGGGAGCAACCCCGGCGCAAACACUCCCGGCGGAGCCUGCACCGAUCAGGCAGUGGUAGUGACCACAAAGAGGAGAAAGCCAGCCUAUCUCUUGAGACCUCUGAGAGCUCCCAGGAGGCAAAGAGUCCAAAAGUGGAGCUUCACAGCCACUCUGAUGUCCCUUUCCAGAUGCUAGAUGGCAACAGUGGUCUGAGUUCUGAGAAAAUCAGCCACAAUCCCUGGAGCCUGCGCUGUCACAAACAACAGCUGAGCCGCAUGCGCUCUGAAUCCAAGGACCGAAAGCUCUACAAGUUCCUCUUGCUUGAGAAUGUGGUGCACCACUUUAAGUACCCCUGUGUGCUGGAUCUAAAGAUGGGAACCCGGCAACAUGGUGAUGAUGCAUCAGCCGAGAAGGCAGCCCGGCAGAUGAGGAAGUGUGAGCAGAGCACAUCAGCUACACUAGGUGUCAGGGUCUGUGGUAUGCAGGUGUACCAGCUGGACACAGGGCAUUACCUCUGCAGGAACAAGUACUACGGUCGUGGGCUGUCCAUCGAAGGCUUCCGCAAUGCCCUCUAUCAGUAUCUGCACAAUGGCCUGGACCUGCGACGUGACCUUUUUGAGCCUAUUCUGAGCAAACUGCGGGGACUGAAAGCUGUGCUAGAGCGGCAGGCCUCCUACCGCUUCUACUCCAGUUCCCUGCUUGUCAUCUAUGAUGGCAAGGAGUGUCGGUCUGAGAUGCGUCUCAAGCACCUGGACAUGGGGCUCUCUGAGGUGGCAUCAUCUUGUGGCCCUAGUACCAGCCCCAGCAGCACCAGCCCUGAGGCAGGUCCCUCCUCACCACCUAAAGUGGAUGUCCGCAUGAUUGACUUUGCACACAGCACAUUCAAGGGCUUUCGGGAUGACCCCACUGUGCAUGAUGGGCCAGACAGAGGCUAUGUAUUUGGCCUAGAGAACCUCAUCAGCAUCAUGGAACAGAUGCGGGAUGAGAACCAGUAGGCCCCGUUCUCGGAGCCUAGAAACCCCUUCCUCUCCACCCGCAGGCAGGGACCAUUGCUCUGAACUCACCGUGAGGACACACAGACUUGCUUUUAAAGGGUUAUAUUUCUCUUUGGUGUAAACUAAAAGAAAUGUUUUUAGCUGUAGCCUGGAAUCCAUAUAUAUAAAGUGAAGGAGGGCAAAAUAUAUGUCCUCUCUGCCAGGCUCCUUAGUUCUAUGGCUCUGACUGCUGUGUCCUGGCUGACUUAGUGAGGAAGAGGUGCUCCUGGUGGGCUUGACAGCAGGGACAGGAUGCCCUUGGACAUCGGUUUUUCUUACCUAGGUCUUAGGGGUCUGUGGCUGCAGGGCCCUCCUAAUUGUCAGGUGAAGCCCUGGGCUGGUGCAGGGUCCCCCUCCUCCCCACCCCCCGUUUCCCCCCACCAUGCCCACUUAUCCCUUUUUCCUCAGAAGUAGAAGGGAUUUGGCUCCCAUCUCUUGGGGGCUUCCCAGUUUUGUGGUGUGGAUGUCAGUUAACUCUUUAAUAGAUGCCCUCAGGGCACCACAGUCUUGCACACAGCUGGAUCUAUCCUUCUUGGGUUUGACCUUAGCGUGGGACUAGAUUAAUGAAGCUGGGCUAAAGCCAACUCUUGGCAGAGGGCAGGCCCUAGGUUCCAUAGGCACCUACUAGCACGAGAACCUCCUCUGCCUGCAACCUCAGCCAGCUUCUCUCACCAAGAUCCCUUGCCUAAGGAGGCACCCCUUUCUGCCUCACUGAAGGGAGUCACAGCUCUGUUUGCCAAGAAGAAUGGGUAUCCUAGUAUGCCUCAGGGCCUCUCGUGGCUCUGGCCCAGACAGUAUUUGCAGUUCUUGUGUUGUGGGUGGGAAUCUUCCUCCUCUAGUUUGGGCAGCUGUGCUGCCACUGGAUGGGGUUCUCCCAGGGCUCUAGGGCUGUGGUCCACUCAGGGUCUCACAUUUCCACAGGCCAAGCUCAAGGCAGCAGCCCUUUGUGAGGCAUUCCAGGACCUGGGCCUGGAAGGAGAACUUUAAGCUUGUCUGUUCAUAGGGACAUUGUCUGGGCUCUAAGUUCAGGUACUCAGAUUCUUCUAAUGAGAGCUUUGUCUGAUGAAUCCUGGGGUUCAUUAGUUUAUCUGUGUGUCCACCUGCCAUCCCCCAUCUUUUAAGAUCCUGCCCUAGAGUGUAGCCUUGCUCAUUAGUGCAUAUUGAUUUCCUCCUUGAUUUCCUCAGCAAAAAACUCUUAUUUCUGAGGUGAGCUUUUGUCCCUUUGCCCUCCCUCUGCAGGUGCUACCUUUUUAUAAAGACUUGGUAGCAGAAAGAAUUGUAGGUGGAGUUUCCCUGCUGACCCAGCACCUUUCUGUGGGCCUCAAGUAUGACCCUCAACACUGACAGUGGGGCAGUUAAGGCUCAAGGGUUGACUCUGCAUUCUCAUGUUUUUUGUCAUUUUUGCUGCCAGCCCUUAGUGGCACAGAAACCUCUAAAAUAGGAUGUGACACUGAACUCAGCCAUUGCCAAGGUUAAUACCCUGUUUUCUGAGCCUAGGGUCAAUGUCAUUGUCACUUUUGGUAGGUUCCUGUUGUAGCAUUAAAAGUAAGCCAGCUAGCCUGUGUCUGUGAGAGGCCUUGGUAACUGAUAGAAUAAUUUGCAGCCUCUUAAAUGGACUCCUUACAUGAGAGAGUGGAUCCCAUCUCUCAGUCCUCUGACCCUGGUGCCAGUCUGGGGUAGGUUCCCAUUCCUUGGGCCUGGGAGGUGCAACUUGUCUGUUUCUGGUCAAAAAUGACCACUUCUGUGCUAUACCAUUUUGUGGCUUCAGUCAUGGGGGUGGUAGCUGUUAGACAGUCAUUCCCUGGUAGGCUAGAGGAUAAAACAAAGGCUUUGGAGCCAUUCAGGACUGACUGGGGGUGUCCUGUGCCUCCCAAGUUCUAGAUUAUGGGAGCAAACUUUUCCCCACUCUGUUGCUCCUCACAGCAAGGGAGCAUGUCCCCACUUAUAUAGUGUUUGGCAGUAAAGAGUGGAAAGGCCUGGAAUUUGCUGCUUCUCCCCCAGGGCAGGGCCCCUCUUUUCAGCACUUUGAACCUGGAGACCCAUCCUUGUUAUCUGAUGGUGAUGGGCAAGUGGGUGUGCAUACUUAACUGCCACUGCUCUUUUUCCCUGCCCUGGGUCAGAGGGCCCUGUCCCUGCCAGACCCUGCCUUCUCAGCCCUAACUUGGGACCAAAGUGCAACAAUGGGAUCAUGGGUUUGGAGGUGCCGAGGUGACUCCUCUCUGUUGUGCUUCCCUGGGCCAAGUCCACACCAGCAGAGGGAGGGGAGGCGUGAUAGGUGGUGCUUAAAAGAGGAAGGGGACCACUAUAGCUAGGGACCCCUACCCCCUUCUCCCUCUGUGGGCCUAUGCAGUGGGCGUGGGGAUUCCCACCAAGGGGCCAGGGGGUCCUGUGCUAGUUCAGUUGCCGCUGUUCAUGCUUUCACACCUGGCCACAUGCACGUUCCCUAGAUUCAGAUUGCUUUGAACUUUAAAGCCGUACAAUUUGGUUAUGUUUGUGCCGAUUUAAAUAACUUAAUGAGAAAAAAAAAGGACAACCCUAGGAAAGGCUUAAUUCUUUCGCUUCUCGGGGAACUGUAAGACCUCGCGUUCUGUGAAUCGCUCCCUGCUGCCCUUUCCUGGAAGCCAAGCCUGUCCACACCGGCCGGCAGAGGCCUGCAUCACGUGGCUCCGGCCGUAGUUGCGCAUUUUCUCAGAAGCUUGCGUGUGGGGGAGGGGAGUGCUUGGGCUGAGCCCUCCCCUUUCUGUACACCUGGCGCUGCCCACCCUGCUUGUGUCUGAGGUCUUGUAUGUCAAAAUAAAGCCGCUAGAAACAGUC